GAAAAAAUGGUGAAAAAUCAGGAAAAAAAGCAGGAAAAUUGGGGAAAAAAUGGGAAAAAUUGGGGAAAACUGAGGAAUAUUUGGGCAAGGAGGUGAAAAUGAAUUUUUUUUGUUUUUGCAGUGCAGAGAAGCGUCGGAGGGAGCAGGAGCAGCGCUACCUGGCCGAGCUGGCCGAGCUGCUCUCGGCCAACCUGGGCGAGCUCGACUCGCUCGGGGCCAAACCCGAGCAGGGGCAGAUCCUGAAAAAAACCGUGGACCAGAUCCAGCAGAUCAAACGGCUGGAGCAGGAAAAAACGACGGAUGACGACGUGCAGAAAUCGGACAUCUCCUCCAGCAGCCAGGGCGUCAUCGAGAAGGAGUCGCUGGGGCCGCUCCUGCUCGAGGCCCUGGACGGGUUCUUCUUCGUGGUGAACCGCGAGGGGCGGAUCGUGUUCGUGUCGGAGAACGUGACUCAGUAUUUGGGCUACGGGCAGGAGGAGCUGAUGAACUCCAGCGUCUACAGCAUCCUGCACGUGGGCGACCACGCCGAGUUCGUCAAGAACCUGCUCCCCAAAUCCCUGGUGAACGGGGUGCCGUGGCCGCAGGAGCCCUCGCGGCGGGGCAGCCACACCUUCCAGUGCCGGAUGCUGGUGCGGCCGCCGGACGAGGCGGGCGCGGAGCAGGCGGAGCUGCGGCAGCGCUACGAGGCCAUGCAGUGCUUCACCGUCAGCCAGCCCCGCGCCUUCCAGGAGGAGGGGGAAGAUUUCCAGUCGUGUCUGAUCUGCAUCGCCCGGAGGUUGCCGCGCCCGGCCCCCCCGGCCCCCACCGAGUCCUUCGUCACCAAGCAGGACACCACAGGAAAAAUCAUCUCCAUCGACACCAGCUCGCUGCGCGCCGCCGGCCGGACGGGGUGGGAGGAUCUGGUCAGGAAAUGCAUCUACGCCUUCUUCCAGCCCCAGGGCCGCGAGCCCUCCUACGCCAAGCAGCUCUUUCAGGAAGUGAUGACUCGGGGCACGGCCUUCAGCCCCUCGUACCGCUUCACGCUGAGCGACGGCUCCGUGCUGAGCGCCCACACCAAGUGCAAGCUCUGCUACCCCUCGAGCCCGGAGCUGCAGCCCUUCAUCAUGGGCAUCCACGUCAUCGACAGGGAUCACGGAAUUCUCUCCCCCCAGGACGCCCCCGGGCCGGGCCUGGCCCUUCCCAGGGUGAAUCCCAACGUUUCUCCGGCGCCGGGAAUGGCGCUGCCGCCUUCCCUCCCUCCAUCCAACGGCUCCGUCAUGGCCACGCCCUCCCCUCAUCCCGGCAAUUCCACCUCGGGCCAAGGGAAUUUCGGGAAUCCUCUGGGAUCCAACGUUGCCUUAAGCCAAACUCCCGGGAAUUCCCACCCUUUAUCCCACGGCAGCUCCCCCAUGAACAGCCCCGGAAUUCCGGCGCCGCAAUUCCUGUCGCCGCGGCACCGCGGCAGCCCGGGGUCGAUUCCCAGAUCCCGAGCUCCUCCCGGCAAUCCCUUCUCGCCAGCCAUGCACUCCCCGGCUUCCUCUUCCUCAUCCUCAUCCUCAUCCUCAUCCUCUGGGAAUUCCCGGCCUUUUCCCAACGCCGCGCUUCCGGAACCUCCGGCCAAUCCGGGAUUUUUGAGGCAGCCAAACUCCCAAAACUCUCCCGGCCGAGUCGGCGGCAAAUCCGACCCCAAGGACGGCAAGGAAAUCUCUUCCAUCCUCGGCGAGAUGAUCCAAGGGGAUCCCGACAAAACCUCGGAGCCGGGAAUUCCGCACGCCUCCGAGGGCGGUGACAACGCCGGGAAGUGUCCCCAAGGCACGAGCCACCGGCUGGUGCAGCUGCUGGCCAGCACGGCCGAGCAGCAGCUGCGGCACCACCACGCCGACGCCGACACCAGCUCCAAGGAUUCCUUGGUGUGCGCCGGCAUUCCCGGGAAUUCGGCGCCGCCUCCGUCCUGCCCGUCCUCGCACAGCUCGCUGACGGAACGCCACAAAAUCCUGCACCGCCUGCUGCAGGAGGGCAGCCCCUCCGACAUCCCCGGCCUGGCCUCAUCCUCAUCCUCAUCCUCCUCAUCCUCCUCCGAGCAGGACAAGAAGGAGAAUUCCAGUGGGAAUUCUGGUGGGAAUUCCGGCGGUGGGAAUUCCGGGCUGGCGGAGGCGGAGAAGAAGAAGGACUCCAAGGAUCACCAGCUGCUGCGGUACCUGCUGGACAAGGACGAGAAGGAGGCGGCGCCCGCGCUCAGCCUGGACGACGUCAAGGUCAAGGUGGAGAAGGGCGAGGCGGCCGAGCCGUGUCCGGCUCCUCCGGCCCCAUUCCCAAAAUUCCCGCCGGCCGACGAGGUCAAGAUGGAGGCGCCCGGACAGUUUGAUCCCAAGAUUUUUCCCGCCUGA